CAACAGUUCUGCAAAAAGAUGAUUCUAAAUACUUCUAUGAGGCUGAAUUUGUACCAAUCAGCGUUUGUGUAUUUUAUUGUGAGACAACUGUAUUUUUAAGCCCUGUGGAUCUCUGUGGAUCUCUAAACUGCAUGCUUCACCAAG